CCUCCUCCCUCCGCCUUAUAUUUCUUUGUAGCGUGGCCACCCUCUCCUCCCCUCUCCGAGAAGUAGACAAGCGGGGCAGAUUUCAUUUCGUUAUAUAUCGUUUGCCACACGCCGCCUUUUCCCGCAAGGAGCAAGCUUCUUUUUCCUGCUCCAUCGCUCUCGACCUGUCUCUCCCCUAGUAUUUGUUCCCUGCUCGAAGUGUUCAACUUGCAGACACGCGGCUCUUUUGUGCAUCUCUUUUUGCAUUCCCGAGAGAAACAGAAAUUCACACUCGUAAACAAGCAACGUUAGCGCGAAUAUAAUGGCCGAAGUCAAUCCAUUCUCUCUAUCCGGCACCCAGCACUCGCAACACUGGCCGUCGCUGGUCAGCCCCGACUGGUGGCUCAACAAGGCAUUCAUCGCGGUGACAGGACAGCCCAAGUCGGCGUGGCGCUGGGCUCCCGGCACGACCAGCUUCUCGACGCAGCGCACGGUUCUGACGGGCGUGGUGCUGUACCUGGCGAUGGUGUUUGGCGGACAGGCGAUCAUGAAGAAGGUGGCCAAGCCGAUCCGCUUGAAGCGCUUCACGCAGCUGCACAACCUCGCGCUGACGCUGAUCUCAGGCUUCUUGCUGCUUGCCUUCAUGGAGCAAUGCCUGACAGCAUGGCGCCAGAACGGCUUCUUCUUCACAAUCUGUGGUGCCGAGUCGUGGACGCAGCCGAUGGAGAUCCUGUACUACUUGAAUUACAUGACAAAGUGGCUCGAGUUUGUCGAUACCGUGCUGCUGGUGCUCAAGAAGAAGAACCUCGAGUUCCUGCACUACUACCAUCACUCGCUGACCAUGGUGCUGUGCUUCGAGGAACUUCUGGGACGUGUGUCUGUGGCCUGGAUUAUCUGCUCAAUCAACCUGCUCGUGCACGUUAUCAUGUACUACUACUACUUCCUUGCGUCGUGCGGCAAGAAGGUGUGGUGGAAGGAGAUUGUCACAACCCUGCAGAUUGUGCAGUUUGUGGUUGACCUUGGCCUGUGCUAUUUCUGCCUGUACACCCACGUUACCUUCCACGCCGUUGUGCCGCUGCCGAGCGUUGGCGCCGACUGCCGCGGAACCCGCCUGGCCGCCUACUACGGCUGUGUUCUGCUGUCGUCAUACCUGCUGCUGUUUGUCCAGUUCUUCAUCAAGACGUACAUCAAGGGCGAGACCGGUAGCCAUCUCGGAUUCCGCCCGCUCAACUACAAGCAGGAGGGCGAGAAGACCCAGAAGACCGAGUAAUGCCAGGGAUACCCCUUUUGCGAAUUCCUUAACUUUCAUUAUCGUUCCCUUUCACUAGCCUUUUCGAUCUCUGACUUUUCA